CAAGUGCUUCUGAAGUUGCACAGCUGAUGAAGGACUUCCAUCCAAAACAUUUUGUUUUUCAAGAAACCUUGUGUACUACACCAUAACUUUUCCAACCUCUCUCUAUAUACAUACGUAUGGUUAACAGCUAUUAUGCGCGCAGAUAAGGUAGGCCUAGUAGUGAUUAAUAUAUGCGGCCCGCGAAUCUUGCUUUUAGCCACGGUUGCGGCCCAGUUGAUGAAUGGGUUGAGAACCACUGCUCCACAACGAUAGCAUUGCUCAUUCUAGGAUAAUACAGUAGACUCGCGUUUUACACGAAAUGUGUGUACGCCGUCGGCAAAGAAAGAUAAAUUAAAUCAAAUAUUGCGGGCAAUUUCACAAUGUCACAUCAGGCACUGCAAGCACCCGAGCUACGAUUUGGGAACUAGUAACAGAGCCUGUAGCACGCCAGUGCUUUCUUCAUCAUGCCGCAUCGCACUCAAUACGGCUCGUAAACCGAAAAAAAUACCCGAAGGGGGAAAUUAAGUCAAGAAAACCGCCUGAUUUUGAGUUAAAAAUCGAGACUAGACAAGUUAAGAUGACGGUGACCAGUUUGGCGCGUACAUUAUGUAUGCCACGUAAGAAACACAAGUGUACUGUACUAUGACUACUCCUGCACAUCAGAAAAUCGUGUGGUUUUCCUGGAAAGUUAUUAAAGAGUAUUUACAAGAGAGUUAAGCUCCAAGCUGAGAAAGGACUGCAGAUCUGGAAAGCGUCUGAAAAUCCCAGACUUUGUCCAUCCUGUAUUGUUUUAAAGUACAGUACAUUUCCCCUGAGUGACCUAACUAGCUGCCUUCUUUUUUCCGUCAUUCUUCAAAAGGUUCUGGAUAACAAAGGAUCAAGAGGUUCUUGCAAUGAUACAUGUGAAACGUGAAACAAGAUGUCAUUAUUUGUUCUGGGUUUAGAAAGUCAAUAUUUUGUGAUUUUUUAAAUGUUUUUACAUGUUUAAGUGAUAAUCAAUUCAGUUAUAAUACAGACAUUUUCUUUGAUGUCACUUUUCUGUUAUUUUGUGUUAGAGUUGGGGGGGGAGUGUUUCAGAGUGGAGGCCUCACAAAAAUAACCUAAACUUUACUAUAGAAAUGUCUCCAAUUUUCAUUCCAUUACAUAUAGGUUGCAUGACAUGGGAUGAAGGGACACAUACUGUCUUUACUGUGAGAUCUGGAUUAGUGUUUCUGUCAUUCUCCGCUUUGUGCUUAUAUGGGAAUACAAAUGCAUUCCCUAGAUCCAGCCUGGAUGAUUAGGAAGGACAGUUGUGCUAUUGGAAAAUAUCGCUAUUCAUCCGUGUGUAGUUUGCCAUCACGCCUACACACAAACACCCUUGCCCACAGGCGAACUCACCAGCACACACACCCUGAAGAACAAACAAGCACACACUUCCUCCUCAGUACAGGCCGUGAGGGCCUGAGGCUGAGGCACAGCUGAGCUGUUUGAGUCUCCUGAGCAGCUGGGGAAACGAAACUGAAAAGAGAGUGCAGUUCAUACACAGAGGCUGGGCGGAUCACAGCCAGUCGAGAGGAAGCAGAUGGACUCCUGUCACCUACACAGCGGCUGAAAUGCAGGUUUUGGAAGAGCCAGUGACAGGGCAAGGCAUGAGUGAGCAGAGGUAUCUCCAGCAAAAGACGUUUCUUUCACAGGUCAUUAAAACUGAGACAAUGAGCACAUUAUCUUUUUACCAAAAACUAUUCCUGCAAAACCUGGGUCCGGAAUGUCCCUUGGAUCUUAAUGGAGAAGCUGUGCUACUGACAGAUAAAGAGGCGGAGGACAGCAGUUCCAGAGGGGACACCAGUGCUGAGGAAGAGUCCCUCAGGGAGCAAAUCUUGGAGCAGGAGCUCUUGAUCCUGCCUCGGAUACCCCCAUUCCGCGAGUGGAUAGCCAUCAAACAGCUUGUUUUGAAGCAGUGCAAUGGAAGAAAGGUACAGAUUUUUAAGCAUGAGCUGGAAGACUCAGAAAAGAAGAAUGUGGUGGUGGUUGUGGGGUUCAAAGAGGCUGUUGAAAAAGCAAAGAAGAUGAUCUCAGAGUAUUUGGACUUCCAGGACCUCACAACAGAGCUGGUGCCAUUUGGAGACGUGAAAGAGCACCUGCUGAGAUAUUUCAGCGGAAAACCAAACACUCUGAAAGCACAGAUGAGAACAAUGUUAGAAAUAGGAGUAGAAUACAAAGUUUUGGAGUCAGGAAUUGAGAUCAAGGGCACCACCACGAGUGUGAAGAGAGCUAAAGAGGUAAUCAGCAGGAUGCUGUUGAGAGAACAGAGGCAGUCAGAUGUCCAAACAAGGAUUAUGAAAAAUGCUGGAAUUAAGAUACAUGAGAUCUUUCUGACUCCCCAGGGUCUUCACAUCUUUUUUUGCUUUGGUCAGCAAGUGUCCCUCCUUUGUGCUGAAGCACUCAUUAUCCAGGAGAGAGACCAAUCGAUGCUUCCGGGGUUGUAUGACACAGAGGAGGUUGUGAGUAAAACGGCAGGGGUCAUGCUGACCUCCCGAAGAAGAGUAACAGAUCAUGGGAAGCUGCAGAGAAUCAUCACACUGUACUGGAGAUUGAACGGUAGUUGUAGCAAUAACAGUUGUGCUGUCCUGCUGGGGAGUGCAAUAACUUUAGCUUUGGAGUACCUUCAGCACCAAGACAUUGAAUCAGUGGCAAUGCUCUGUCCGCUCAUUGGACCACAGGGUGAACCUGCGCAGGCCAAAAUUUUAUUGGCUGCACUGGAGGAUUUCAGCAGAAGGUGCUUUUUAUUCCCCAGUUCUUGGUUGUCUGUGUUCCUGGUGUCAAAUGAGAAGGAAGAGGCCAAAGAGCUGGAAAAAAUCUUGGAGAGCUGCUGGUGCCCCAUGCCUGAAAGGAAAGACAAGGAUUAUGAAUUUUUAGAUGAAUGCUGGGAUGGUAUCUCUUCACAGAUAGUGUGUGAAAGUUUGGAGGAAACCAAGUGCUUCUUUUCCUCUGCUCCCUGUUCUCCAGCUGGAGACGGGAUGUGACCUUUGUGGACAGCUGCCCUUCCUUUCUUUCUUCCCCUGGCUCCUGGAUUUCUGCAGGUUCACAGCUCUGUCCGCUUUCAGCUUUCCUGUUUUUCGCCUUAUUUAAAGCUCCUUUCAACAGCGUGACUGCUCUGCUCAGGACUGCGCAAAAUCCAGACUGCAAGACAGAUGUGCUUGUACUUCCUGUAUCCUUGUCAGAUGCAACGAACUCAAUAAAGGUGUCCUCUCUAGCUCCCAUCCAGAUCAAGGGAAUGCUGGAAAAACUGCUGGCUAGUAGCAGUUCUCUGGUCACCUUGUUACAGAAAGGAAAUAUUGUUCCAGUGUCAUGCCAAACAACAUGUUUCGACUGCAAGUACUUCUUCCUGGUGGCCAACUGGGAAGAUCCAAGUGGCCAAGCUGAGGGGCUAAGGAACCUGCUGCACGAGUGUCUUGAGCUGUGUCAAAAUUCUUUCUUCACCUCCCUGGCAUUUCCGGUGCUGGACCUGCGGAACAGAGGUGUGACAAUAUCCCAGUCACUGCUCUGGCUGCUGGAGGGGCUGCAGCAGUUUCACCGUGUGAACAAGGCCACCUGGCUGCAUUCCCUGAGGCUGGUCCUUAGUCCAGACUGUGGGGAGGAAACCAUGGUAAUGAAGGCUACAGAAGGUCCUGAAGAAAUUAUUGGGUCCUUUAUUUUUGAUGACCCUCUGUUCAUUCAGUAUCUUCAAGACUUCAGAGAUGUCUUUGUAGAAAUGUUCAGUUAUCUCUUGCUUUCUGGUAUAAAGCUUGAGAUAUUCCAGCAAUCGCAACAACCAUGCUUCCUGGCCACCCCUGCUUCAUCGCCAGAGCUGACCUUCGGCCCCUUGGCACGAUGGAGGAAGGCUGUCAUGGACUCUUACAGCCUGUUGAGGAGGAGGUAUGUUGUGAGAAAGGAGGACCUCUCUUGCUGGAUGAACCCAUUAAGCAGCACCCCACCUCUGCAGGUAAAAGGAUCCAACAGAGUGUACGAGGAAGGCAAGGUCUUGGUGGGGCCAGUGGAGGAAGUUGAGAAGAUUUUGAAGGUAGUUGUGGUGCAGGAAUUCCUUACUAACCUGUGCUGUCCAGCCACCCAAAAAGCGGCCAUGAGGGCUUUCCGCACCCUCAAAGAGAAAGAGACAGUUGAAUUGAAUUGCCCAGAGGUUUCGAUAUCCGCCUCCAAGGACCUGAAGGGAAAACCUCUUUUUGUUUUGCAAGGACCCCUGGAAGCAGUCAACACAGUCCGAGAGGUUUUCCUGUACUUGUUUUGUCAAGCCCUGCUCUCCAUCCCUAUCCAGGAAAACCUGUCUCCCUACCAGUGCUCAUUUCUGAAGAUGGUGGAUCUGGAAGUUUUUUCCGAGGAGGUUCUCCACUCCAGAGAAAUCUGUGCCAAAUUAGAUUUCCAGAAAAACGAGAUUUUCUUGAAUGGGAAGUCCCAGGAGGAUUGUACCCAGGGUUUCAAUGUGCUGAAAGUCCUUCUCCAAGAAGUGGCCAUAGGGAUAAGCUCUUCAGACCAAAAGGCUACCCUGGACAGCAAGUGGAAAGACUUCCUUCGUGAGCUCUCCAGCAGGCUGAACACGAGCAGGAGGAAGGUGGUCUUCCACAUAGCUCAGAAACAGGGGUGUCCUGCCACUGAGGUGAAGUUGGUGGGAUUCAGGGCUGAGAUUUUAGCUGCCAAGAGUUCAAUUAAUGACUAUUUGUAUCUGAAUGCUCAAAUCACAAACAUGCUGGAGUUCACACAGCCCCACCUAGUGGAAGCUGGAAGUCAGCUGCCCAGCAUUAUGGAGUGGCAGAGUUUAGGUGCUGUGCAGGUUGAUGUGCAGGUGCAAGAUGGUCACCUUCUGCAGGUCAUUGUGUCUGGAAGGAGGGUGGAUGUCCUGGAAGUGCUGCCGCUCAUCAGCCAGGACUUGGAGGCAGUUGUUCAGAGGGUCCUGAGGAUCACCCGGCCCUGGGCUACAGAGUAUUUCCGCAGGCUAACGGGGGCUGAGGUACUGGAGUCUCUUCGACAGAACCAGCACUGCCUGAUCCAGGUCAAGGAUUGCAGCAGACCAGCAGACGUGCCGAAUUCCGAAUCCGGGGCCUCCACCAGACAGGACCUGCAGGGGGAAGUUUCUCUGCAGGAGGGAAGAGAAGAACAAGAGGGGAUAGAUGAUGGAAGUGUAGAAGGUGUUGAUAUUCAAGUGACUGGUAAGCUGGCUGAUGCUGAGAGUGCUUUAGAGGCUAUUACAAGAGAUUUCCACUCAGCUCAUAUACGAGACAUCAUCAUUCACCUACAUGCCGGCAAGCUGAGCCCAGAGCAACUCGGUACAGUCAAGAGACAGAACAGCGUGACCCUUCGUCAGUACACAGACUCUAUUUCUAUCAAAGGUCUUCCUAAUAGCGUUGCACAAGCCCGCAUACAUCUUGAAGAGUUGUUGGAGGAGAUCCGUUUGUCUGAAGUCCGGCAGUCCAUUUACAGGAACUCCCUGAACUUGUUAGAAAAGGGUCAUUCCGAAGUGGAAGCCUACAGCCUCCCUCCGUAUUGGGACAGUAUGAAUGGGAGCACAUUCCUCAAGGUGGCACUGCGGCCUGACUCCAAGGAGUACCAGGUUGUCAGGGAGCUCUUUAAUGAGACUGCCAACGCAUAUACUGUAACAAAGAUUGAGAGAAUACAGAACCUGUUCUUGCGCCGGGCCUAUGAGCUGAAAUGGCAGCACAUGAAGCAGAAGAAUGGGCAGGACCAUGUCAGAGAGAAGUUUCUCUUCCAUGGAACACAGAAAGCAGCCUGUUCCUCCAUUGAGAAGAGCGGAUUCAACAGGAGCCAUUCUGGGCAAAACGGAACGGCUUGUGGCAGUGGUGUCUACUUCGCUGUAGAAGCACAGUACUCGACUAAUCAUGCAUUUUCCAGGCCAGAACGAGAUGGCAGUAAAUGCAUGUUAUUGGCUCGUGUGCUGACAGGGUUUUAUACCUCUGGAAGAUUACACAUGAAAGUUCCUCCUCUUCGUUCGCUCCAUGACUCCUAUGACAGCCUGGUGGAUAACCUCUACAAUCCCACUAUGUUUGUUAUCUUCCAUGAUGACCAGGCUUACCCAGACUACCGGAUAGUAUUCCAGUAAUGCGCCAGCUGGGAGCAUCUGACACAAAACGCCUUUUUCAUUAUUGACUUUCAAAAUGGUGUUCAUCCUGAAAUUAGCACAACAAUGUGCAGGUGUUUAUUAUAUUAUAAAAAUAAUUACAAAGUUUAAACUUAAUUAUGAAUGUAAAUUGUUGUAUUGUAAUGAUAGCAACUAGCAACUAAAAAUUAAGAGAUGGAUAAACUGGACAAAAUCAUAACUGGUUAAUACUGUUCUAUUCAGCAAUUUAUUAUUAAUGAUGACCUCUCCAUAUAUUGUAUCUUAAGAAACAAAACUGUCAGCAUUUACUCUGUAACCUCUUUGUUUUUAGAAUAAAUGGUCUCUGUUCUUUCCUAAUGCAUUUUUAUUUUGUGUUUUCUGCCCUCUGCAGGAUAAUCUGCAUGCUGCAGUUCUUAUCAAUCAGUUUAUACAAAGUAUUGCACCAAAGUUAAAACCAAUUGUACUUGACUUGAUUGAGGUACAUUGCCACACUUCCUAAGAAGGCCCUUCUACUCCUCUGGAGGCUGUUAAAUGUUAUUAGUUGUUGUGGGUAGGUCUUUGGACCUAUGCCUGACUGGGUGUGGAUUCAAGUCCC